UGAUAUCAGAUAUCAAAUAAUAUGAUGUGAAGUGUGUGAGAGUGUGAUUUGUAGACGCUCCCUCGGCGACAGUAUGGCGCGUCUGACUGCAUGUGAACAUCAGAACGCAGCACACAAUCUGAUCUGAUCUGAGCUGAGCUCUGCAGCGGAGAGCAAACACACACAGGUCAGGAUGGAGCACACGCCCGAGACACACAGCAAAGAAGUGGACAUUUAUCGGGACACAUGGGUGAGAUUUCUAGGUUACGCUAACGAGGUGGGCGAGACAUUCCGCGCGCUGGUGCCGGUCAGCGCUGUGUGGGCCAGUUACGCCGUGGCCACCGCAUACGUGUCAGCUGACGCGCUGGACAAAGGCAGGAAAGCAGCGGCGGCUCACGCUGAGGAUUAUGGGAAGGCGGCGCGAGUGGCUGUCGCUGUGGUCGAUACGUUCGUCUGGCAGGCUUUGGCUUCGGUGGCCAUUCCUGGAUUCACCAUCAACCGCGUCUGCGCCGCGUCACUCUUCCUGCUGGGAAAAACCACACGCUGGCCACUUCCUGUGCGCAAGUGGACCACGACCGCCAUCGGCCUCUCCACCAUCCCCUUCAUCAUCACACCCAUCGACAGGUCGGUGGAUUUCCUGUUGGACUCCAGUCUGCGGAAACUCUAUGGUGAAGGAGAAAAACACGAAUGAGCGUCAUCACGACACACCUCUGACCCCUGACCUCUGACCCAUGCAGCCAGCUCAAGCGCCGGUCUGUGAUCAUCAGCAGAAACGUGUCUGACACAGAUUUGAUUUCUGGCGUUUCAGAUGAACUGUGCCUCUCUCAGACCUUCGUCUGCAUGCGUCUCACUUCAUAAUGGUUUUAUCUGUGCGGUUGUUUGUUUUCAGGUGUUUACUUUUGUUUCAUUAUUACAUGGAUUUUAUUUCUGGUGAACGGUUGAAGAAUCCAGUACUGUAUGUUUCUGUAUAAAUGAUAAACUAGUGAAGGAUGAGUUUCUAAAUACUGUCGUAUCGAAUCAGUCUGAUGUGUUUUAGUCUGAUGAUAUCUCGUGUUUAAUCUCACGGUAAAGGGAUCAGCCGCGUUUCUCAUGAAGCCAUAAACUCUACGCAAGUUCAGUUCUGAAUGUUCUGCUGGAGCACAAAAAGUGGCAUUAAACAUAUUUUUUAAUCAAA